ACCGACCGGUACAAGAGUACUCCCAUGGACAUCUCUUUUGAAGUCUUGAAAUAAAUGAGGCUAGCACCACGUGCAUAUUCCCUGCCUGCAAGCCAAGUCUACAACCUCUCGUCUGAACAAUUGAAGUGCCAGCAGUACUACUACUAGUACGUAACAAUGGUCCUGCCCAAGCCCAACCCCACAAAAGCAUACUGGAUCGAAGCCGCCGAGUCGCCCUUGCGUGACUAUCAAUCCAGCGAGACGCUCCCAGAAGAAACAGACGUCGCGAUAAUUGGCAGUGGCUACGCCGGAGUCUCAACCGCCUAUUGGCUCCACAAAUACACAGAGCAUGCAUCCAAGCAGCCGCGAGUGACGAUCCUAGAAGCACGCGAUGUAUGUGGCGCUGCUACUGGACGAAAUGGAGGACAACUGCGACCACAUCUUUACUCUCGAUACCCCAUAUGGCGCGACCGCUUCGGCGCAGCAGGCGCCAUGCACCUAAUUCGCCACGAGCACGCGCAUCUCGCUGCGUUCAAGGAACUCUGCGACGCAGAAGGCAUUACAGAGGAAGUAUGCUUGAAACUCGGCGAGACCUUUGAUGCAGCCAUGACAGACGAAGCGUGGGCACGCCUCAGCCAUGCACUAGAUGAAAUGCGCAAAGACUACGGCGACGAAAACGAAAUCGUAAAGAUAUGCCGCAAGAUAGAAGACCAGGCCGAAGUAGAAGAUGUGACGCAGAUGAAGGGAGCAUUGAAAGCGAUUGUGCAUCCCACAGGACAAAUAUGGCCCUACAAAUUCAUCCACGCCCUCGUCCGCAUCCUCCUCGCAACCCCCAACCUCACCCUCUACUCCCACACCCCCGUCACCAGCGUCUCAGAGCGCGACCCCACGGGCUACAUAACCGUCACCACGCCCCGGGGCACCCUGCGCGCAAAGACAGUCGUCCAUGCCACGUGCCGCUGGGCCUCGCACCUACUCCCAGAGUUCGAGCGACUCAUCUUACCGCAGCUAGGCGCCAUUGCAGCCAUCAAGGCGCCGCCGGGGCUUUUGAAAAGGACAGGGGCGCAGCAGUGGGAUGGAAUGAUAAAUAACUACCACGUUCAAUUGCCCCCACCGUAUAAUGUUAUUAUCAUAGGAGGCGCACGCCAAUUACUCACUCAUUACCCUGAAAUCAGUAUCUUGAACGAUGAAGACGAUAAGCAGGCGCCGGGUGUGGCUGAUUUCUACAAGACGUGGCCGGCGGCGGAUAUAGUGGAUUGGCCGGGACCGAAAAUUGCAGAGUUGGGGUUUGAUGUUGAGAAAGGGGGGAGUUGGACUGGGGCCCACGAAACAAGCGCAGAUGGUUUCCCAUUCGUUGGCGCCCUGCCAUCUCGCAGCAAUCAGUUCAUCAAUGCUGGGUACACAGGACAUGGUAUGUCUCUAUUUCUUCUACAAUACUUGACAAGAAUGCAUUCGUCUAACUCGCAGUUCAAAGGAAUGCCUCGUAUCCUCCUGUCUUCAGCAUCCCUCGCGCCGCUUGUGCUCGACGCUCUGGGGCUGCAGUACAGCCCACCGCAGCUCGCGGCUUCGUAUCCUGCGUUGCCCCAGCCAUUUCAUGCUACCGAGCACCGUAUUGCCAAGCUUCAGGAUACCGAUCCCGAAAAGGUGCUUGCCGACUAUAGGGUCCAGUGUGAAGCUAGUGCGCGAAAGCCUUUUUGUAAUAUAGACAGGGUAAAGGGGAUCCAGUCUAGCCCUCAUCUUUAGAAUGGCUAGCAGGGGGAUGUAGUAUCAAUCGCGAUGGUACAUCGACCCGUCCAGGCUGGAGUGUGACUGUGUCGUGCUAUACUUUAGCGAGGGUCAUGUGACUGUCUAAUGGGCGCUGAAGGCGACAUGUGAUUUUCCGAAGCCGAGGUAGUGUGCUUGUAAUGGCUCUAGAUAGCUGCAACUGUGUUGCCAACCUCGGCGUUGAAAGAUGUACGUGAUGGCGGUGAUGCCAGAAUGUACAUAGCACUAGGAAGAAUGCUGGCCGCCCGUCUGUCAUGUUUGCAGGUGGCCGGAUUGUAUCCGAUACAUGGACGAGGCAAUCGUAAAUGACAUAUCAAGAGCAUGGCAUUGUCCUCUCAUGUGCGAAAGGGCUUGCGGGCGUAAACAACGGUUCCGGGAAGGUAUGCAUGGGUUUUGUAGCUCUUGAGCUCCUUGCGCAUCUGGGCUAGGUGCA